CAGACAGACAGACAGACAGACAGACAGGCAGGCAGGCAGGCAGGCAGACAGGCAGGCAGGCAGGCAGACAGGGAUACAGACAGAAUGUCUGCCCUAGCUAAAAAGACUGUCUGUGUGCUGCUACCCAACAAAGAACAACUAGACAUCACAGUGGGGGUUAAAGCAACAGGGCAGGACGUCUUCAACCGCAUAUUGGAGCUUCUAGGAAUUAAAGAACUUCACUUUUUUGGUCUCACAGUGGUGAGAGACAACGAGCACAUCUUCCUGGAUCUGGAGGAGAAACUCAUCAAGUACUUCCCCAAGGAAUGGAAGCAGGACCCAGCCAAGGGGCUGAAGAGGUCGCUGCCUCUGCUCCUGUGUCUCAAGGUGCAAUACUACGUGGAGAACGGCAGGCUGAUCUGCGAGCGCAAGGCGAGGCGUCUGUACUACUCCGACCUGCGUGAGCGCGUGCUGCGGUCUGAGUGUCGGCAGCAGGAGGAGGUGUACUUCCAGCUGGCGGGCUACGCCCUGCAGGCAGACCUGCCUGACCACGUCCAGGACCGCGGGGAACAGGGGGACGCAGCCUACUUCCAGCCCAAGGAGUACUUCCCUCCCUGGAUUGUGGCGAAGCGAGGCGUGGACUACCUCCUCCGCCACGGCCCCAAGGUGCACGGCGAGCUGCGGGGCAUGUCUGCCCGCGACGCCACGCUGCACUUCAUCAAGGAGUCCUGCAGACUGGAGGAUGUGCCCGUCAUCUUCUACCGCCUGCAGAAGGACAAGAGAGAGGAGAGAGGCACAGCUUUACUGGGGCUGACCCUCAAAGGAAUGCAGGUUUAUCAGGAGGUCAACAACAUCAGGGAGCUGCUGUUUGAUUUCCCCUGGUCCAAUGUGGGACGACUUACCUUCCUGGGGAAGAAAUUUGAGAUCCAGCCGGACGGCCUGCCGUCUGCCAGGAAGCUGGUGUACUACACAGGCUCUCCCUUCCGCUCCCGCCACCUGCUGCUGCACCUGAGCUCCAGCCACAGCCUGUUCCUGAGCCUGCAGCCGGCCCUCACACACCUGAGACACCUGGAGGAGUCGGAGGAGAAAAAGCGCUACCGGGAGUCAUACAUCAGUGAUGAUCUGGACCUAGACCCGGCAGGCAGCGAGGGCAGUCCCGGCCUAUCACGUAACUCCACUAACAGUCCCGGCCUAUCACGUAACUCCACCAACAGUCCCGGCCUAUCGGGUCACUCCACCAACAGUCCCGGCCUAUCACGUAACUCCACCAACAGUCCCGGGCUAUCGGGUCACUCCACCAACAGUCCCGGCCUAUCGGGUCACUCCACCAACAGUCCCGGCCUAUCAGGUCACCCCACCAACAGUCCUGGCCUAUCACGUAACUCCACCAGCAGUCCCGGCCUAUCAGGUCACUCCACCAACAGUCUUGGCUUAUCUCGUAACUACACCAACAGUCCUGGCCUAUCUCGUAACUCCACCAACAGUCCUGGCCUAUCACGUAACUCCACCAACAGUCCCGGCCUAUCAGGUCACUCCACCAACAGUCCUGGCCUAUCACGUAACUCCAACAACAGUCCUGGCCUAUCACGAAACUCCACCAGCAGUCCCGGCCUAUCAGGUCACCCCACUAACAGUCCUAGCCUAUCACUUCACUCUACUGGCAGCUCAGGCAUUGAAGCAGACCCUCAGCAACACAACAUCUCCAUGGAGAUAGUGUCCAUGGAGAUGGCAUCCAUGGAGGCGGAGGUGGGGCCAAAGCGGGCGGAAACAUGUUCCCGCGAAGCAGCCAGUCACGGCAGCUCUCUCAACUCCAGCAUGGAGACCUGGAGCAAGGAUCCCAACGAGGAGGAGGAGGAAGGCACCAGGGUCAGUAUACGUGGGUCAGGGGAGGUUUCUGUCGACAACCCAAAGGAGACGCUCCGAUUGGCUGAGCUUCUGGAAGGCGUGUCAGUGGACUGUCCUGGGAUGUCAUCAGAGGUUCCGUGGAGGGGAAGUGAGGAGGUUCACGUGGACAGCAAAGAUGCAGUGACAUUACGCAACACAGACACCCUCACACAGUUGAAGUAUCGUCCAAGCGUCUCUGUCGAUCGCCACAGUCAGAGUCUGGACAACGUUUGUCUCCUCCCUCCCCCGGCGCCGCUGACCACGCCGCUGCAACGGGACUCCUCCCACAGCUACACCUGCGGCCUGCCCAACACCCCCGCCCCCGCCUACUACCUGCCCCUGGCGAUCCACUGCCCCCCCAAACCCUCCUUCUACGGCCGCAGGUCCACCAAUUGCCUCUCCCUGGACUUACUGGGCGACGAACAGCUGUUAGAGUUCAUACUGUAGACCCUGAACACUGCUGUUAAACCCUGAACACUGCUGUUAGACUUCAUACUGUAGACCUGUACACUGCUGUUAGACGUCAUACUGUAGACCUGAACACUGCUGUUAGACUUCAUACUGUAGACCUGAACACUGCUGUUAAACCCUGAACACUGCUGUUAGACUUCACACUGUAGACCUGAACACUGCUGUUAGACUUCAUACUGUAGACCUGAACACUGCUGUUAGACUUCAUACUGUAGACCUGAACACUGCUGUUAGACUUCAUACUGUAGACCGGAACACUGGUGUCCAUCCUUGCUCUCAGUACUGAACAGUGUGGUGGAGGGCAUCAGGAGUUGGCUACUGAGGACCUAAGUGUCUGGAUGUCAUAGCUUUAUUUACUCGCUUGUCAGAAUUGCUUCCUCCCUCCCUCACCCACUCCAGGAAUCGAACCAGGGUCUUCUGCCUCACGCACGCAACGACCAGCUUUCAGAAACACCCAUUGGCCAGCUUCGCCACCGAAAAGCCAGCAAUUUAAUGUCAGGGAUGGAUGGUGUUUACAGAUUUACCAGCUCAACCUUUUUACACAAACUUACAUGUACAUAGUACCAGACAUCCCAAGUCUCCUGGAAGUUCCGGGAGUGUCCCGCGUUUCAAUAGCGGCUCCCUGACGCCCGCAAAUGCUACACAAUCUCCCGGAGAUUUUGUAUUUAGAGCGAGCGAGAGACUGUGAAAUGGUCAUUUCUGUUCGAGAUAGGUGCAUAUCGCGCGUCAUGACAACGUUUCGGGGGGGGGGGGGC